GGUGUGAGAGUUGAGCGGGUGCCGCCAUAUCGAUGAAAGGCGUGGCAGCGAAGACGCCGCCAGUGCUCGCCUUAUGUCCUCCGUGAAAACAUGACCGAGCUGGCCUUGCUUAAGGCGUUCGUGGCUGCACAGUGCCAGCUGGGACUGGUCUGCCUCGUCGCGUGUGUUGGGAAUAAUUGGCCGCAGUCUUACCCAAGAAACGAGAACACAAGUCCCCGCAUGUUUUGGGCGAGCACGUGCGUUUGUCUUAUCUUGGGAGCCGGUACAUUUACGAAGCGGCGUGGCCUUUCAGGAGGGAGCAAGAGCGCAAUAAGAGCGAUCUUGCCUCUGUGCAGGGAACAAACGGAGGAGUGGAAGGGCUGGAUGCAGUGGAUCUUUAUCUUUUAUCAUUAUUAUCGUGCGCGGUAUAUCUACAAUGAAGUUCGAGUCUUCGUCUCCUCUUACGUCUGGAUGACAGGCUUCGGGAAUUUUCUCUACUUUGAUAAAAAGGCUGACUUCUCUGUGAUUCGAGUGGUGAGCAUGUUGAUUCGGAUCAACUGGCUUCCUCUCUGGUUAUGUUGCGCACUGGGAACCAGCUUGGAGUUAUACUAUGUCGUGCCACUACAUACCGCGGGGUUCUUGAUUACCUACGCAACAUGUUAUUUGCAGCAGCGAGUAGCGAAGAGUGUCGCCGAAGGUGCAGGAACCCAGGGCAUCGCGCGUGCGUUUGGCGUGCUCGUCAGUUUCGCGCUUCAUUAUGUUUUCUUCGAGUGUGGAUUUGUGCAACGAUUUUUUUUCUGGUCUCAUGAGCUCGAGUGGCGAUUUACAGCGGACAGGUAUACGGCUUUACAGGGUAUCGCCUCAGCGAUGCUGCUAAAGCCAGUCACACAACUGAUUCAACGGCUCGAGGAUAUCGACCGCAAAGGCCUCAGGCUUUUCGCGCAAUGCUGUCUGCAGCUCACGGGGCUCGCUCUGGUGCUGUUUUGGUACUUUGUGUGGGGUCACACGGAUGACAAGCUGGCGUACAAUGCGAUGCAUCCAUAUAUUUUGAUUUUUCCACUCGUUGGCUAUGUUCUCAUGCGAAAUUCGCUCUCUUUUCUCACUGAGCGGUACUCCGUCAUCAUGGAGUUCCUCGGGAGAAACACGCUGGAGACUUAUGUGCUACAGUUCCACGUCUUUAUGUGCCGAGAUGUGAAGCAUAUCUUAGCCCUCGUCCCAGGUGCAGAGAGCUCCCAGAGCGGUGAGUUGAUGAAGGGCUUGAACAUGUUUGCCUGUGGAUCUAUUUUCCUCACUCUUGCGGUGGCGGCAAGGCGGGCGACGGUGGUCACACAGGAAUGCGUCGUCCAGUUGUUGGGUAGCCUGAGUGAUUCAAGAGCGACGUCGCCUUUGAACGUGUCUGAUCAGCAGGAGCGGCAUAGGGCAUCCGCCAAGGCUCCAGCAACUGAAGGUGAAAAGGGACAAGCCGUAGGGGCUCGGUCAGGUGUUCGAGCCAUUGCCGGCUGUCUGCUUUUCCGUUGGGGCCUCUUGCUUCUGCUUGCUGUCUCCGGGCGGCUUGUCCCUUUUUUUGCAUUCGUGAAGGGGUUGAAGGCCGACAGAGUCAGGGCGAUAAAGGUGUUGUAGACCUUGCUGCCACGACGGAUUGAUAAUUUGAGCGGGGUAGUUGUGUGGUCCAGUGCUGGAGAAGUGGAUGACGAUAAAGCAGAUGUGGUGGUGGAUCUCUCGAGAAGAGACGCCUCGACUAUCGAGCGGCAGCGCCGCUUCUAUUUACCUCAACCGCCCCGAAGGCGGGCCCGCUCGCACAAUGUAUGAUGGCCCGGAUUGAUGCUGAUGCACAAAGUGUAUCUGUGGAAAGUGCUCGAAUUGUUCGGACUCGUAUCGCCUCAGCGGUGGAUGUGAAAGCGCCUAUUAAUGUAGAGUAUCAUUCUCUCCUUCGUUUUUGUGUCGUGUUUAUUCUCUCUAUGAGUGGACACUUUACAUUUUUGACCUGGGAAAAGAUUUCAUUUAUUUACUUCUUGAACCGAAUGAAUCGGAACGAGCAGGCGAAUGAAUUUGGAGGGUGACGCGAAGUGGGAGGCUCUGCGGGGCUAGUGCGAUCGCGAUACCCCCUGGCGCUGCGAAGGAAAUCUGGCCUGCUUUUGAAGCUUGUGCAGGGUUGCCAUAACGCUCAAAACCGCCGCUCUUCGCUUUUUCCUCCAAAUCUUUCCCCUCAUCGAUCCAAGGGAGCCAGGCCUGCGCUCGCACAUCCUUCACUCCCAUAGUCGAACACUUCAGGCCGACCUCCCCAAGAAGCGCACUCUGAAAGCCGAGCCGCUCAGCAGAAUGCACGGAAUCGCCCAGGGCCUUUCUUGUGGCGUUCGUUUUCAUUUUCGUCAGAAUUCAGAACCACACUACCCCAAACCACUCAAACUGAACCGCAGGCACCGACUGAGACGCGAGCGCGUCGCAUGUUUCUCACGUACGC